AUGGCUUCCACGGAGGGCCACGGAGGCAGCCCCUGCGGCUUCGCGCGCCAGAACUCGGGCAACUCGCUGUCCCUGGACUUCGAGCCCGAGGCCGAGUACCGCUUCGUGGAGACGCUGGAGGAGCGCUACAAGUGCGCGCGCUGCCGCGCCGUCCUGCACAACCCGCACCAGACCGGCUGCGGCCACCGCUUCUGCCAGCGCUGCAUUCUGGCGCUCAGAGAAUUAAACACCGGGGCCCUCUGCCCGGUAGAUAAGGAGGUCAUCAGGUCUCAGGAGGUGUUUCGGGACAACUGGUGCCGGAGAGAGGUGCUGAACCUCUACGUGUAUUGCAAAAACGCCCCCGGGUGCCAAGCCAAGAUCAUUCUGGGACGCUACCAGGCCAAGCGGGCGAGCCUGCCGAAGCACGAGCACUCGGCCCUCCAGGACCACAUGCGUCUGGUUUUGGAGCAGAACCAGCGGCUGGAAGAGCAGAUUUCAGGUUUAUACAAGAGCCUGGAGCAGAAAGAGAGCAAAAUCCAGCAGCUUGAGGAAACCGUGCAGAAGUUUGCCAAGGAGUUCACGCAGUUCACGGAGCUGUUUGGCAGAAACGGAACCUUCCUCUCCAACAUGCAGGUUCUGACCAACCACAUGGACAGGUUCUUGUGGCUGGAGGCUCAGGUACGCCAGCUGUUACAGACGGUCAGCCAGCAGCCCGCCAAGCUGGACCUGAGGCCUCUGGCGGAGGAAGUGGACACGCUGAAACUCAAGGUCGCCCUGCUGGAAACCAAUGACCACCGCCUAGGAGUCCUGGAGGGGGAGACCCACCGGCACGACAUCCACAUCAGCAUCCACCAGGCGCAGCUGAGCAGCAACGAGGAGCGGUUCCGGGAGCUGGCGGGGGCCUGCUACCGCGGGAAGCUCAUCUGGAAGGUCACGGACUACAGGGCCAAGAAGCGGGAGGCGGUGGACGGGCACACGGUGUCCAUCUUCAGCCAGCCCUUCUACACCAGCCGCUGCGGCUACCGCCUGUGCGCCCGGGCCUACCUCAACGGCGACGGCACCGGCAAGGGCACCCACCUGUCGCUCUACUUCGUGGUGAUGCGCGGCGAGUUCGACGCCCUGCUGCCCUGGCCCUUCCGGCAGAGGGUGACGCUGAUGCUCCUGGACCAGAGCGGCAAGAGGAACCACGUCACCGAGACGUUCAAGGCCGACCCCAACAGCAGCAGCUUCAAAAGGCCCGACGGGGAGAUGAACAUCGCCUCCGGCUGCCCCCGCUUCGUGGCCCACGAGACGCUGGAGAGCGCCAAGGGCCUCUACAUCAAGGAGGACACCCUGUUCCUGAAGGUGGCCGUGGACCUGAGUGACCUGGACGACCUCUAGCCACAGGCCGGUGCGCUGUCGGCGACGGUGACAGCAGAUCCCGAGGGCAGGUGGGACCUGGCGCGGAUGAGAACCCGUCCAAAGGCGGGAGCCAACCCCGCCCGCCCACACUCCCGCUGCGUCAGAGAGUCCACCCCAGCGGGCGCCGACCGCGCUGGCCGGAGGGCCAGGGACCGAGUCCAGUCACCGGUGCCGAGGUGGGCACGGGGUGGGACUGGAACUCGGGCACGCUGACUCCCUCUUGCUCGCGAGUCAGCCUUGCGCCCUGAUCACCAGCCUUUGCGACCAGUUAUAGGCGGCU